AUGUCGGGCGGUAAUAAGAAUUAUGAUUCUAUCAUGAAGAUAUUACUAAUUGGUGAUUCUGGUGUUGGUAAGUCUUGUCUAUUGGUCCGUUUUGUUGAAGAUAAAUUUAGUCCUUCGUUUAUUACUACUAUUGGUAUAGAUUUCAAGAUUAAGACGGUAGAUAUCAACGGUAAGAAAGUAAAAUUACAAUUAUGGGAUACAGCAGGCCAAGAACGUUUCAGAACUAUCACCACAGCGUAUUAUCGUGGUGCUAUGGGUAUUAUACUUGUCUAUGAUGUUACAGAUGAGAGAACAUUCACUAAUGUUAACCAAUGGUUCAAGACAGUUAGUGAUCAUGCUAACGAUGAUGCCCAAUUAUUGUUAGUAGGUAAUAAAUCUGACAUGGAUACUAGGGUAGUUACUUAUGAACAAGGUGAGACUCUUGCUAAGGAACUAGGUUUGCCUUUCGUUGAAGCUAGUGCAAAGGAUGAUACUAACGUUAACGAUAUAUUUUUUACUCUUGCCAAAUUAAUUCAAGAGAAGAUUGACAACAAUAAAAUGACAGAUGCAAGUGGUCAAGCCGGUAACGUUAACAUCAAGUCCGGUAAUGAAAGUGGUUCAAAAGCGAACUGCUGUUAA